GACCCCCAGGUUGGGCCCGGCUCUGCGAGGGGCGGUGGCGGCAGCUUGCGGGGAGGAGCCGGGUGGCAGCGCCCCGCCCGAGGGGCGGCCCGAGCCGAGCCGGGGUGCGGAAAGCCGAGGACAAAAGGCAGCGGUGACGCGCUGAAAUUCGUCAUUUUGGGACAGAGGGAGUGGGGGCAGAGGGGUGCCAGCUGGGUGCCAGCCCUGUGCCGGCAGCCGUCCCUGCAUCCAGCGCUUCCGUGUCCCCCAAGGUCACCCACAGCCGGAGCCCAGAGAUAGAGCAGCGCCGUGCCCUGCAGCACAGGAACAAGGAGCCGGCGGGUGGCUGCAGCGCUGCGCACACACUGCCCGCACCCUCUGCCUGCAGCCAUGAAGCUGAACGAGCGCAGUUUGGUGUUCUAUGCCACCUGCGACUCCCCGGCUGACAAUGCUGGAUUCCUCUUCAAGCGUGGCGAGCGGCACACGGCGUACCACCGCCGCUGGUUCGUGCUCAAGGGCAACAUGCUCUUCUACUUCGAGGAGCGUGAGAGCCGUGAGCCGGUGGGCGUCAUCGUGCUGGAGGGCUGCACCGUGGAGCUCUGCGACUCAGCCGAGGAAUUUGCCUUCGCCAUCCGCUUCAGCGGCACCAAAUCACGCACCUACGUGCUGGCAGCUGACAGCCAGGCGGCCAUGGAGGUGUGGGUGAAGGCGCUGUCGCGGGCCAGCUUUGACUACAUGCGGCUGGUGGUGCGGGAGCUGGAGAAGCAGCUGGAGGAGAUGCGGUGGGGCUGCCGGCACGGCCCGGCCUGCUGCAAGGCACGGCCUUUGGAGAUGGAGCACUCCCUGCCCGCUCUGCCCACGGUUCCUCCAAAGGAGAAUGGCUGUGCAGUGUGGAAUAAUGCGCCUGGCAUGGACCAGCUGCACGAUGGUUGUGAUGAUGACACCGACCCACAGCCACCUCCGCUGCCUCCACGCCGGCGAGCAUCCAGCGGUGACACUGGAGCAGCUGAGACCUCACUAUUCUGCCGGUUGCAUGAGCAUUAUGGAAAGCAGGUGGCCCAACUGCGGCAGGACUGGCAGCACCGGCAGUGCCAGCAUCGGCCCUGAGAGGCCCUCUGGGCAAAGAGUCCUUGGUACAACCUCAGUCCCCUCUACAGGACUCACAGCUCCUGGGGAUCAAGCACUGAGCUGGGUGCGCUGGGACCUCCAGAUGCAAGGAUGCCGGGGAGAGUUUGGAUGGGUGUUGCACUGCCAGAGGGCUGGAACUGCCUUCACCUGCUCAAGGCCAGUUGAGCCCCAUGGCAUUCGUCUGCUCCAGCAGGAUGUGGUUUGUAGAACAAAUGCAUGGGCACUAUCCUAGCAGCACAGUGCCAAGCACAACAGCCACCGUGGCCUCACGUUUGUGUGCUGCUGCCACCCAGCAGGAUCCUGGUCCUCCAAUUCACCAUGUGGUGGAGUUGCCUCCACCCAACCACAUCCUCCAGGGCUCCAGGACAGAUAUUUUUGGAGCUGGUGUCACCCCUGAGCUGGCUCACAAAGGGGAAGUGUCACAGCAAUGAGAAGGAACAUGCGUGUCAGCAGUGGAGGGAGCAGAGUGAUUCACAUGCACAAGCAGAGCGUGGCUGCUAUUGGAGCCCUGGGGUCUCAUGCAGACAUUUCUCUGGUUCGUAUCCGUUCUGCUGGCCCAAGGACUUUGUGACACCCCAGCUGGUGCAGUGACUGCUGUAGUCAGCCAACCCACCAGCUCUUCCUUCACUAAAGCUGUUGAAUCCCUCCCCUCCUGGAUUUGUUUCCCAAAUCUUGGAGCAAGAGGAACCCUGUGUUGGGCCAAGCGGACGCAUCUUCAUUUGACUUCUCAGAACUGGCUCAAGUUCUUUUUCUGCAAUAAAUAUUGCUUCAGGAAUUUCCUCCUGGCCUCCUUCUCAUUUGCACAUUUGGCUCAUUUGGGAAAGUAGGUCCUGGAGCACCCUUGAGGGAUGAGGUUGGGGAUGGGAUGGGGGUGGAAUUGGGGGUGGAAUGGGAUGGUGUGUUUUACUCAGGGGGCAUCAGGACAUUGUGUUGGUCCCAUGUAGGGGCAGCAUAGUGACUGUUUUGGAGUGACAGAAAUCACACAGCAGAGUCCAGAAGGCCUCAGAUCUGUGUGGUUGUGCCUUGGAAGCUGCUCUGGUGAGGACAGGGAUAAAGCAAUGAGCUGUCCUCCCUGCUAUGCGCGCGUACACAAAUGACUGUAGCGCUGCUAAGAGCAGAAGUGUUAUCAGAUGGAAGUCAGAUUGUCUGCCAACAAGCUGUGGAAUUUAUCUUUUCCCCAAUAAUCUGAGCCCCAACAACCAAAUAUUUCAUUAGCUCUGGCAUUAACUAAAACCUGACUCAUGGGCAGCACCCUGUGGUCCCCAGUCCUCUACCAAGACUGUGAGUCACUGAGGCAGGACAAUAUAGCCAUCCCCUCGCUGGGGCUGGUGGUAGCCUCACACAGGGAAGGGGACCCUGCUGUCACAUAGGUGGCACUGCCAUCCUGCAUGGCAUUCUGGCUCACAGAGGGCAGCCGAGGUGACGUCUCUCUGCAUCCAGAUGGAGAAUGAAGCCUUUGUAGUUUCCAUGGCAGCUGGCCGA